UGCCACUGCUCGACAUGGACUCAACCGCAGUCAAAAUCCAGGCUUUGGGUGAUCUAGAGUUGGCCGUCUUGCUCUGUUUAGUAGCCCAGCAACACUGUAUAAUAUCAACUCAUAAUCUUUUACUCGACAGCCUCGCCCAGGAACUCCAGCUAGUCCNNAUUGCUGCCAAUGUCUUCGGUCUCUCGUGUGCCUUGGUCAACUGUUCAGCCACGACUACUCUCGAUGACUUCAAGGAGUCUGUUCUGGUCGAUGCCCCAGACGCAUCCGAUGAUCGGGUUGUGUCUUCUGCUCACCUUUCUCUUCCCUCUUUCAAGCCCACCACUUCCAGACACACCUCUUCCCGCAAUCAGUCCGGCACGAGCAAUGAACUUGAUGAGCGGAAAGUCGCCGACAUCAUCAUCGCAAAAGAUCUCAACAUGGCAAGCAGCAAUGUUCAGACUCAAGCUUUAGAGAACGACAUGUUUGCCAUUUCACAUCACCACACCGAAGAUGAUGGCUUUCCGAACCUUGAAGAACAAGAACUCAAAGAAUUACCAAACUCUGACGAUGCUGCCUCCAUCUCAUCAGUCGUCAAGCAUACUUUUUCCAAUGAAGAAGCUCUUUCUGAACACCCUUCAGUCACGCCUGACGAGAUCCAGGACUUGCGUGCUGCAGUCACGAAUGUUCAAGUGAACGCUGAAGUGGCUGCAUACCUUCACAACAUUGUCAUCUUCAUGCGUUUGAACCGCUUCGUUGCAGGAGGUAUCUCUGCCUAUGCUACCCGACACUUUCGAGCCAUUGUCUAUGCUCUUGCCCCUCUGCAUGGCCUCAAAUACGUUCCUCCCUCGUUGGUUGCUUUGGCAGCAAGAAAGGUGUAUGCACAUCGCCUAAUUUUGGCAACUCCAAACACCGAAAGGAGCAUGCAAUGGGGAAGCGACUUUCGUGCAGUUGAGCAAGUCUUGAAGGGUGUCACUGUCGAGGAUGCCAUUGAGUCGGUCCUCUCGAGUGUGGAAGCGCCACUC